UUUAUAAGCAGAGAAUUAAAAUAGAUCAUAUUAAGGUAAUUGAUUGAUUAAAAUUUGUUUAAAUGACAAACUUGUUUGAGUAGGCUUUAAAGUACUCCACCACUUAUUAGAAACAUGGUGAAAUAACCUUAUAGUCAAAAUUUGAAGAUUCCUAUUCUUUUGAUGCAUUAAUUUGUAUUCGUAGUGAAAGUGUGAAGAGUAUGUGGUUUUUGUUUAUGCUAGCUAUUUUCUUACUUUAUUUUUUUGCUUUAAUUUCCUUGCUUUAAGUUUCCUUUUUUAUUUUUUAUUUUUAUUUUUCCUUUUCUUCUUUUUUUUUUUUUAUAUUCACUUGAAGAAGAAGAAGAAGAGCAAAAGCUUGCAAAGAAGUGAAGAGAAGAACAAAUUAAAGAAGAAAGAAAAGAAUAAAGGUUUGAGCAGUGGAGUAGAAGUAGAGAAAUCAUAAAAUUCUUUCUAUAUAUCAUUACCAAUCAUUUUCUGAGAUAUGUACACAAACUACAUAUCCAUAGCAAAUACAAAGCAUAGAGAGCGAGUGAGAGAGAAAGACAUAAUCAAUGGAGGGAUACAUGGAUUCCUCGAUGUUUCGGGCAGCCGUGUUAGGAGAUACCAAAGUGCUGGAGGAUGCUAAACUAGAGGAACACAAAUACCUCCUAAAGACACCUGAUCUUGGUAACAACAUUGUCCACAUUGCUGCUCUGCGAGGCCACUCGACAUUCAUCGAGAAGGCUCUUGCAAGGUUCCCCGACCUUGUUCGAGAGAAGAACAAAAAGGGUAACUCUCCGCUUCAUGAAGCUGCUAAGUUGGAUACCAUCAAUGACAUUGUUAGCAGUGAUUCUGAUUCUGAUUCGGAUAACACAAGUACUAAUACUAGUGUCAUCAAUGUCAUCAUUUCUCACUUAUCAAAAGACAAGGACGGUGUUAGCAGUGGUUCUACAUCGGGUAACACAAGUACUAAUACUAGUGUGCCGUAUUUGUGUGAGGUGAAUAACGACCGAGAUACGCCGUUUCAUUCAGCGCUUAGAAGCCGGAACAUGGCUGCAGCUGAGGCCUUGUUUGCAUACGUUAAGGCUCAACCACAACUCCUGCUCAUCACCAACAAUUUUGGGGAGACUCCUCUACAUCUUUAUGUCCGAUAUUGCGCUGGAGCAAUCUUCCCAGAAGACUUAGAGCAUGAUGAAAACAAUAAUGCAGUUGGCAAACUAAAAUUUAUUGAUGAAAUGAUCAACGCAAAUCCAUUGGCUAUAUUUGAACAUGACUUACAAGGCAUGAACCCUCUAAUGAGAGCAGCUCAGUAUGGUCGUGUCCUUGUUGUUCAUCAAAUUCUAGCUAAUCAUACACAUUCAAUUGAAUGUCGUGAUCGGAAUGGAAGGAACUUUUUGCACCACUUGCGGUUAAGAAUGGCUGAUUUUAAUGCAAGCGAUAAAGGCCAUACAUUGUGGAUGUGUGAGAAGAUCCUUGAAAUAACUGGUGUUGAUGCUCUUAUAGUUUCAUGUGACCAAGAUGGAAACACACCAUUGCAUAAGGCUAUUUUGGAUCGAGAAUUUGAUCUUGCAUACUUGAUCCUCCAAUCAUGUGCUGACUAUAUAACAGGUCGUGCUACAACAUAUUCAAUGGCUCGAUUAAUAAAAAGGAAGGAUUUGAUUUUGAGCUUAAAAAAUGAUGACGGGAAGACAAUUAUCGAUUUGAUUACAUCUGGUUCAGACAUUCCUGCAAACCUCAAAAAUAUGAUGGAUAGGCUCAAUACGGGAAGGAUCACCAAUAAUGACCAGUACGGGUUUGUUUUACAACAUAAUGGAGACAAAUAUAUAAAUGAUUUGAUUUCUGAAGGAAAUGGAAGCAAUGUCAUUUAUAUCGCCUUACAUCAUGGGAAAGCAGAGUACUUCGAGAGAGCACUAAGCAGAUAUCCAAAUAUGAUAUACCAGAAAGACUCAAAUGGUGAUACUCCACUGCACAUUGGUGCCAGGGUACCAUCGGAUGUAGCAAGGGAAGUGGUGAAGAAAUCUCUAAAGCAUUGGAUUGAUAAGAAUAGGCAAUCUCUAAGCAUACCGCCGUGGAGGGUGAAAAAUUCCAGAGGCAAUACAAUAUUCCAUGAAGCCGUACGCUCCAGUAACUAUGAGUUAUUACAUUGGGAGACUGAGACUGAUCCUGAUCUCCAAGAAGCACUGUUAGACAUAAACGAGAGCGGUGAGACUGUUCUUCAUUUGCUUGCAAAAUACUGCAAUCGUUUUAACGGUGACUCGGUAGUGCAUGGGAAUGAAAUCAUCUAUAAAAGUGGGUUUGCUGCAUAUAUGCGCGACGUAGAUGGCUUCGCCCCAAUUUUAAGAGCAGCACACUCUGGCCAAACCUUAGUCGCUUUUUGGAUUUACAAUUUUUUUCCUACAUCAAUACGUAUGAGUGAUUGGUGAGUUAGAAUCGCUCUUAAAAAAACUGGGAGAUGAUUCCAUUGUUAUGAGUGACCUAAUGUCAUCACAAGAUAUUGACGGAAACACACCAUUACAUGUUGGCAUCUUGAAUCGUAAUUUUGAGGUUGUACAAUGUUUCAUCAAACAUUUCAUCAACGCAAAAUCAAGCUUAAAGAUGAAGGAGUUAUUUGUACACCUGAAGAACAAUGAUGGAAAGUCAGUAUGGUACAUGAUUUCAAAUGGAUCAGACAUUCCUCAAAUCCUAAAGAAACUCAUGAAUCAAUUACUGAGUGUAGAAACUACAUUGGAUGACAUGCUUUAUGAGGCAGCUACAAAUGGGGAUACAUAAUUCACCGUAUGAAAAGAAAACAGCCCAAACCCCAGAUGGAAGUAAUAUCAUUCAUAUAGCCCUUCGACAUCAUCAAUUUUCCUUCAUUGAGAGUGCUUUCAAAACUGGGACCUUUCCCUUAAUAUAUAAGGAGGACUCAAAAGGGGAUACACCUUUACAUAUUGCUGCCAGGCUUCAACCUUCUGAUCAUGCAUUGAAUUUCUUUAAGUUGUGUAUUCGUAUAUGGACUGUUUGGGAUGAUAAAAGCCCACCGUGGAUGGUGAGAAAUUCAACAAGAGGGGAUACAAUCCUUCAUGAAGCAGCACGGGUUGGUAAUACUAACAUUAUCUCUUUAUUUUGGGCGAUGCUGCAAAUCGAUGACAAUGAUACAUCAUCAAUUUGGGCGAUUAUUAUGCAUGGAUCUUGGACUGCGGGUCAUAUAUCUGCGUUAAAAAAUUAUGACAUUACGGAUGUGAAUGGUUUUGAUGAGACUGUUCUUCAUGUGAUCGCACGAUACGCCACUUACUCAGAAAAAGAUUUUCUAGAGAAACAUUCUCAACUAAUGAAGUCUCUAGUUUACAAGCGUGACAAAGAGGGCUUCACUCCUAUUUUAAGAGCAGUACAAAGUGGCCGACUCGGGAUGGCUAGGCUUCUUGCUCAACAGUUUCCUGCAUCCAUUGGGCUUAGAGAUGAUAAAGGUCAAACAAUUUUGCACCACCUAAAGGCUUUGGUGGUAGACCUUGCUGAUGAUUUGAGAGAUAUAUUACCGGUUUGGAAGGAUUUCUUCAAGUUUUCUGAGGUUGAUGAUCUUAGAAUUGUACAAAAUGAAGAUGGGAACACUCCCUUGCAUUUAGCCAUUGUUGAUGCGGAUUAUACUAAAGCAAAAUUUCUCAUGGAAGUGUGUCUCCAGUCAAAAAACAAACAGGAAUUAAACAUUGUUAAUAAUGAUGGUCAAUCAGUUUUUGAUUUACUCUCAACACGAGCCCAUUUGCCU